CAGAAGAGAGACCCACUGUGCUGGCAGGACCCCCUGCACCCUGGGUGCCCUGAAGACCCACUGCACUGGACAAGCAGAGCCCAGCCCUGAUGGCUCCAGCACAAUGGUGACAGCAGCCAGAGGCAGGCUUAAACCUCUCCUCUCCCAGCCAACAGUAGCUAAGGCCAGGGGCUACGGGCAUGUGCUGAAGCCAGGGGAUGGGGAGCCUGGCCAGCCGGGAGAGGCCACUCAGCAUCCCACCAGCAGCUGCUGACACUACGCAGCCCCCACUGCCCACACAGGCAGCAGCCUCCAGCAGCUUCCUGGCCUUGGCCCUCUGUGACUUCCCCUCCGGCGCAGGGGUGGCCACCGUCCUGCGGAUGGGGGAGUUGCUCCGCAUCCUCUCUGACCUCAGCCCUUCAGAAUGGCUCAUCCCCCUUACCUGCAGGGAUGGGGAGUGGUGGCUGGUGGUGUCCGAGGUGUCUGGCAAGGAGUGCCACAUCCCCAGCAGCUGCGUGGCCAAGAUCAGGUACAGGUGGCUGUACGAGGGCAUCAGCCGGCAGAAGGCAGAGGAGCUGCUGCUCCAGCCGGGCAACCGCAGCGGGUCCUUCCUGAUACGAGAGAGCCAGACCAGGCAAGGCUGCUACUCACUGUCCGUGCGCCGCAGUGAGCGCGCCUCCUGGGACUCGGUGACACACUACCGCAUCCACCGCCUGGAGAAUGGCUGGGUCUACAUCUCACCUGGACUCACCUUCCCCAGCCUGCACGACCUGGUGGACCACUACUCUGAGUUUGGAGAGGGGCUGUGCUGUGCCCUCAGGGAGCCCUGCUCUAUGGAAGGGGCAAGGGCAGCCCCGGUCCCUGCCAUGCCUGCUGUCGUGAAGAAGCCGUCACUCAACUGGGACAAGAUUGACAGAGGCCACAGCCCCACUGGAGGAGGACUCUCCCAUCAGCCUGGGCCUGAGGGAAGCCAUCAGCUCUUACCUCCUGGUGACAGAGACAGGGCCUUGCAGGGAAAGGAAAGAAUAGCUAAGGGCAGGGCCCUGCUCAGCCACAGCCCCUCGGCAGCCCUCGUUACAGCCACAAACACUUGUGGAUGCUGUGGGAGCCAGGCACCCAGGGGCCAGUGACCAGGACACAGGACAGCUGAGAUCAAGGUGCAGAGGAGCAACUGCUGAUGCUGGAAGAAGGGGCUGCCCAAGGGCUUGUCCUCUCCAGAGCCAGACUUUCUGGGAAGCAAUCUUUGAGCACCCUGAGCAUCACCCCACGCCCACGGGAGAAGAUGGCAGAGGCUGCGCAUAGGAGCACUGCCUGCCCCAUGGGCUGCAAUGGAGCCCUGCUGCGUCUGCGUUCCCACAGCAGCGGGGAAAUAGGAUGCAAAUGCCCAACAAGCCAAAGCCUGGCCCAGGUGAGAAGACAGCCUGACCCUGUCACACACCUUAAGUCCAUGCACAAACUUUCUUGGAGCAGUGUGUCUGUGCAGGACAAGGGCCUGUGAGUAGCAGUCACAGACCCUCCUGCUCUCACGCACCCAUAACUCACCCCUCUGCAGCAGCCAGGAGGAAACCACCCUCUUACUGCACCCGAAGUAGCUGAUUUUUAGAUCUUCAAGCACAUGUAUUUUAUAGGAUUUGAGGUCAAUAAAACAGGAUCCUGCUGGA